UAAAAAAUAAUUUUUUCCACUUUUCCCCAAAAAACUUUUCAAUACUUAAUUACUCUUCAUUUAUUUCCCACACAUUUCCCAUCCAAUCUUUUUCGCUCCAAUUGUUUUUAACAAUUUCGCGCGCGCCUUCAAUUUAAUUCUCAAGUAUCAAGAAAGGAAAGGAAUAUACUUUAAUUCUUCCUAUUUUUUUCUAAAAUUAUUUUUCUAAAUUACUCAAUCUCGACUAAAUGUCGAGUGUUCCCCUUCCCCUUCCCUUUCCCUUCCCUUCCUUUCCCUUCCCCCUUUCUCACUUUCUUGAUGACAUAUCUUUAUCUAAAAUUAUUUUUUAUUGUUAUUCAUUCAUUUUUGUGAUGACCCCAUCAUUAUGUCCCCAAAAACAAAACAAAAAUUUUUUUGUGUGCAAUAAUGAAGUGGAGUGAAUAACUGGGAAUGGAAUUGAGGAAAAAGUAUUGAUGGGAGAAAUUAAUAGAAAUAAAAAUAAAUUCAGUUGCGCAAUGUUUUGGUAAUUUAUAAUUAAAAUACUCGAGAAAUGGUUUUUUGAAAGAUAAUAUUUUUAAAAUAAUGUUUAUAGGGGAAGACAUGG